ACCAAAGCCAACCCAACUACAUCCUUUCAUUUGAUGAUCUUCUUCUUCCCACACAAGUCGCAAACCCCAAUCUUCUCUUCCAUCUCCGUUCCCAUUCCCAUUCCCAUUCCCAACCAAGAUGCCCAUUUUCUCUGCCGCUUUGGGCUCAGUUUCAGGAGGCCUUGCCUUUCUCUCCCACCUCUUCACCACUGACACCUCCUCUCCGCCCACUCAUCAUCACUGCGUUUCCGUCAACUUCCCCGUUUCUUGCCGGAAUUCAUCCGCCGGAAGACACCCACUUCACCCCGCCAAGGUCUCCGUGUCCGGCGAUGCCAAGACUGAAGCCAUCGACCAGGCUGCGGGGCAGGUUGAAGACUCGGCUGAGAGUUUCAGACAAGCUCGGAGAUCUGCUGAUUGGAAAGCAGCCAAGGCUUAUCAUGAAAGGGGAUUCAUCUAUGAGGGCAGAAUUGAAGGUUGUAAUGGAGGUGGUUUGCUGGUUCGGUUUUAUUCGCUAGUUGGUUUUCUUCCUUAUCCCCAAUUGAGUCCAUCUCAUUCAUGCAAAGCAUUUAAUGUAGAACCAAACAAGGGCAUCCGAGAGAUUGCAAAAGCUCUAACUGGUUCACUUAUUUCUGUGAAGGUAAUCCAAGCAGAUCAAGAGAACAGGAAAUUGAUAUUCUCUGAAAAGGAAGCUGUGUGGUCAAAGUUUUCUCAACAAAUUAAUGUAGGGGAUAUUUUUGAAGGAAGAGUGGCCUCCGUCGAGGAUUUUGGUGCUUUUGUUCAUUUACGUUUCCCAGAUGGUUGCUAUUAUCUCACUGGACUUGUGCAUGUCUCAGAAGUGUCGUGGGAUUUAGUUCAAGACGUAAGAGACAUCCUUACUGAGGGUGAUGAAGUGAGGGUGAAAAUUAUUAAAAUAGAUAGGGAAAAGUCAAGAGUUACAUUGUCAAUCAAACAAUUAGAAGAAGACCCACUAUUUGAAACCUUGGAAAAAGUCAUUCCUCAGGAUGGCUCAAGCAUUCCUGGUUCUUCUGGCACAAGCACUGCAUUCAAUAUUGAACCUCUUCCAGGGCUUGAAGCAAUAUUAGAAGAGCUAUUAAAGGAAGCAGGAAUAAAUGACGUAAGAAUCAGCCGGCAAGGAUUUGAGAAGAGGGUGGUUUCACAAGAUCUACAACUUUGGCUUUCUAAUGCUCCAGCCAUUGGCAAUCUGUUCACCCUCCUUGCUCGUGCUGGAAGACAGGUGCAGGAAAUACAGCUGACAACAUCACUUGAUCAGGAAGGAAUCAAAAGGGCACUGCAGCGGGUGCUGGAACGUGUGCCAUGAGAGUUGAACUGAAUCUCCAAUCUGUCGAAGAAACUAUCAUCCAAGUCUUACCAUAAAAAACUAAAAGGAAGAAUAAACAUGUCUUACUGUAAGAACUUUUGUAUGUUUUUAUGUUCUGCAGCUACUGUACAGGGGGAAAAAAAACAUGAUUUAUCUGUAUAUUCUAAUAGUAGUAACUGCAUAAUCCUUGCGCAGAAUUUUUUGUAUAACUACUGAUAGUGAAUCCAGCAGAGAAAAAAAAAAAAAAAACCAUGAUUUUUAUUUUCCCGUCUCUAGUGCU